AGAACUCAGGUAUCGGCUCCCCAGCUGGCAGUUCCCUCUGCUAGAAUGAAGGAUAAGAGUCAGUAAACAACUGAAGAUCCUUAAGGAAAUGAGAUUGCCUGAUAGUGGGAUGGAAAUGGGGGUGGGGGGUAAGUGGAGUCAGACUAUCCAGGACAAGUCUCUCAUUCCUGGAUUUUUGAAGGAAAAGGAACUAAGUGAACUAGUUGCCAGGACAACCUGCUGUUGGGGAGUGGGGUUGAAGAAAGAAAUGGGUGACCUGUGGUUAUUCCUGCUCCUGCCCCUGUCAGCCUUCCAUGGAGUCAAAGGCUGUUUCGAGUGUGACCCCAAAUUUAUAGAGGAUGUUGGCUCCUUGCUGGCAAAUCUGAUACCCUCAGAAGUCCCUGGUCGAACUCAGCUGCUUGAAUGGCAGAUUAAGGAGAUGAUUAGUUUAAGCUUCAAGGUCUCCCACAGUGACAAGCGGCUUCGGGUACUGGCUGUUCAACAGGUUGUUAAGUUGAGAACAUGGCUGAAGAAUGAAUUUUAUAAACUGGGCAAUGAAACAUGGAAAGGUGUCUUUAUCUUUCAAGGCAAGCUUCUGGAGGUCCGCCAAAACCUGGAAUCCAAACUGAAAGAAUUACUAAAGAACUUCUCUGAAGUUGCAUGUUCUGAAGAUUGCAUUGUGGUUGAAGGUCCCAUACUUGAUUGUUGGAUGUGUCUUCGCAUGACCAACAGGUGCUUCAAAGGAGAAUAUUGUGGAGAUGAGGAUCCAAGGAAGGCUGAGAAUCGAGAGAUUGCUCUAUUUCUCAUAUUGCUGGCAACAGUUGUAAUACUGGGAAGUGCUGUGUUACUAUUCCAUUUUUGCAUCUUUCAUCGGAGGAAAAUGAAAGCAAUACGAAGGUCACUAAAGGAAUAUGUGGAGGAUAAACUUGAAGAAUUAAUGGGGAAGAUAGAUGAGGAGGAGGAGAAAGACUUUAGACUCAGAAAAUAAACACAUCAACAUGGACAAGAGGUCUUUCAUGAUUCUCUUAAGUGUUGACUCUAAGUACAAAACUAGGAGUUAAACCCUUUCUUGGUCAUAAAGUCAUAGUAUUUUAAAACUGAAAUAGAAUUGAGAGUUUCUCUAGUGAAGAUGCUUAUUGAUAUCCCGAGAUGAUAGAAGUAAUGAGAGAGCAAAUGAUUUGGCCAGAGCUGUACAGAAAGUAAUGCUGGUAUGUUACAAUGCAUAGGAAAGAUAAUAUGCUGAAUAAUAAACAAUGCAUC